CCUCCCCCAAUUAUCCAAACCAAAGAGCGAGCGAUGUGUGAUCAAUCUCCGCCCUGCUCCGUAGCCGCCCGGUCCCUCCUCCGCCGCUGAUACGAGCUGAUGGACCAAUCCUCUGGCCGCCGUCACCGCUCCUCCUCCAAACGCAACCGCAACAACCCCUCCACCGUCACCGCGACCACCACCACCACGACGGCCAACUCCGACGACCCCGACCAAUGCGACCCAGAGGUCUGGGACAUCUUCAACAGCAGCUUUUCUCAGGUCCAGUCGGUGCUCGACCGGAACCGGGUCCUAAUCCAACAGGUCAACGAGAACCACCAGUCGAAAAUCCCCGACAACAUGGUCAAGAACGUCGCCCUGAUCCAAGAGAUUAAUCAGAACAUCUCCAAGGUCAGGCACCUCUACUCCGACCUCUCCACCACUUUCUCCACCGCCUGUCACGAGCAACGCUCCGGCAGCCAGAAAGGAGGCAGCAGCCCCGAAGACUGAGCGAACCUCUCUGGGUAUAUCGUUUUCUCUUUAAUCUUGCAUGUGGGUUUCGAUGUCUGAGAGAAUUUCAAUAAUUUGGUAAGUAAUAAAAUCAAAUGAGUUGUUUUGGGUUCCUGUCACUGUUCUUUAGUCUGAGCGAGUCUUUGAGUCCAGUGGUUUAGUAUGUGUCGGAUGGGAUCAGCUGACAAAGCCUUGCUCUCGUCCUGUCUUUCAUGUGCUGUGCUGUGUUUUUGGUCAAUUUCUCGUGUCUGAACUCUUACAAUCAAUAAGGAUGUUUUCUGUUCUUGGUAA